AUCACAUAUUCACAUCACAGUCACAGUGACUGAGUGACAUACUGAAUACUGAUUAUUGUUGUGAGUUUAUGACUUGGUGAGUAGUCGAUAGUCUAAACUCUAUAGCAGUAUAAUAACUAUUACUCAUUUAAUACAAUUCGAUGCUUAAGUACUAUCUGCUACCACACGAGUUACUAUAAUCUAUUGAAUUUCUCUAUUAUCGUGAGUCGUGACUACUGACUACGACAUUUGUGUUAAAACUAAAAAGCAUUAACUUUGAUAUUUAAAGGGUUUUGUCCCUCAGAAUUCCCAUCGAGCACUGUUAAUCAAAAACAAUAUACAAUGUGUGCUAAAAUGGCAUUUACUCAUCAACCUGGCACUGCCAUGGAGUGCCUUAGUAUACCUAUUACUUUAACGAAAGAAUCUGCAAUUGAUUCUGAUGGUCGUGAGUUAUUGAAAUGUGGAUUCAAAAUUGGUGGAGGCAUUGAUCAAGAUUUUAGGAAAAGUCCUCAAGGAUAUACAGAUAAUGGUAUUUAUGUAACUGAAGUACAUGAUGGAAGUCCCGCGUCUAGGUCUGGAUUACGAAUACAUGAUAAAAUAUUACAAUGUAAUGGAUAUGAUUUUACUAUGGUAACUCAUAAAAAAGCUGUGGAUUAUAUUAAGAAGCAUAAAAUAUUAAAUUUAUUAGUUGCUCGAAGAGGUGUUACAUCAACUUAGUUUACUGAAAACUUGAAAAAAGUCAUCCAUUAUUACUACAUACAACCAAAGGUUAUCAAUAAUUUAAUUAUUUAUCCUAUUUAUUAAAGUUGUUAGUAAUUUUUUUUUACUACCUACCUAUUUUAAAAUAAAUAAUUUUAUUUAUAAGUUUAGUUUGUUCUACUUGAACAAAGAUAUAGUAUUAUUAUACUUUUUAUUUAAUAUGGUCAUGUAUAUACCAAUUCUGUUUAUCAGUGUUAUCUUGCAUUUACCUAGAUGGGAACAAUUCUUUCUAUUAUAUUAUUCCAAAUUUAUCAUUUAUCAUCACUUAUUAUUAUAAAUAUGUUUUUAUUUUUUGUUGAGAUGUGAUGUGUAAAAAUUAUGAUAAUGUUAUUAUUAUUAUAUUUUUAAUAUAGUUUUGAGUAUUUCAAAACUGUUCAUCAAUGUUCUAAUACAUUUAUCCCAAUGGUAUCAAUUUUAUUAUUUCAUCAACACUUAUUACAAAUAUGUACUUUAUUCUUGUGUUCAAGAUUUCCUGUGUUAUAAUAAUAAGAUUAUAAUUGGAAAAGUUAAACAAUUACUGAAACAUUUGAAUACAUUUUCUGUUUAAAAUCAAAAAACUUAUGUUUUAUUUAAUACUUAUCUAUAUUAAUUAAAUAUUAAAAUUAUUCUAAAUGUCCUUAAUUAAGUUUAUUUGUUAUCGUAACUUAUAUUAUUAAGUUUUAUAUUACUGUUCAGAUUUUUAGGUAUAUUUAUUACAAUUUAACAAGUAUAAAUAUAAUUAUAUUUCUACACUUUAAUAAGUUACCCAAUAUAAAUGUUAAUGAAAAUAAUUUUUAUACAUAUAUUUUUCUUUGUAGUAUUAACAAUAUUUUAAGUAUAUGGAUAAAACUGCAACUUAAAAUUAUUAGUACUCGAUAUUUAAAUAUUAUGUUAAGGGGAUUGGUGACGGUGAUUUCCUGUCUUUGUCUAACACACGCGCAACAUAAGAAUUCAGACGUUUUUUUUGUCCAACGUACCGAUUGAUACGGUAAAGCGAUAAGAAUUCUGAAAACAGAUUUGAAUUCGUUGUCAAGUCUACUUGAGAACGGUCAGUCCACAUUUUUGAUAUUAUCUGCAAAAAUCUUAAAAUAUUAUAUUACAAACGAGUAAUUAAAAAAUUGUCAUAUUUCAAUUAUUUAAAAAGUUAUAUUUUAUAUAAAAAAUGUGGACUGGCCGUUCUCAAGUAGACUUGACGACGAAUUCAAAUCUGUUUUCAGAAUUCUUAUCGCUUUACUGUAUCAAUCGGUACGUUGGACAAAAAAUACGUUUGAAUUCUUAUGUUGCGCGUGUGUUAGACAAAGACAGGCAAUCACCGUCACCAAUCCCCUUAAGACAUAUUAAACUAGUAAAAUAAUCCUAUACUAUGAACAGCCCCGUCCAAUGUUCUAUAGAAUUGAUAUAAUAAUGUAUAGUUAUUAGUUAUUAAGAAAUAGAUUUAAGCUUGAAUUGAAUUUCAUAUGUUAAUAUUCCAAUUGUUUUUACAUUUUAUACUAAUAUACUGUAUGUUGUUAAAGUUUGAAUGAAGAAAAUAAAAUAAAAUUAUUAAGCUUUA